AUAUUCCAUUAAAGAGCUCUGCUGAUCUGGAUUACAACUAAGCGGAGAAGGUCACACACUCGAAGAAAAUGAUCCGCUCUUCGUGUAAAAAAGUCGGCAUUUCCGUCCUAAAUGCAGUCAGCAAACAAAUUCAAUCUGGAUGUCCCGCUGCUGCUGUAGCAGGAUUGAGAGCAUAUUCUGAAGCUGGUCCUAAACCCCAUACAUCACUCUACCCAGUAGUCAGCGAGGGAACUUGGCUGCAGAAGAACAACUACUCCCAGUUUGAUGGGUGGGAGUUGAGACAACUAAUCAAUUACAUUGCUGCUGAUGAUGGAGUACCAGAGCCAGAAAUUUGUAUCGAGAUCCUAAAGGGCUGCAGGAACCAGAAUGACUACGCCCUGGCCACCCGCUUUUUGGAAGUCGCAAGGUUGAAGGGAGGAAAUUCAAUGAAUGUUACCUGGCCAUACCUUAUGCAGGAAAUUGGACCAACAUUACAGGAACUAGGAAUCAGCACUCUUAAAGAAAUGGGAUAUGAAGAACCAGAAUUAUGGCUAGAGAAAGUAGAUGAUAUGUAAAAACUAAAUUGGAGUGACUAUUAAAGUGUGGUAUAAUAUGGAGUCUGAUUUAGGAAGAAAAGAGACAUUAUUUUAACUUUACAAAGGACAUGUGUUGUUAAAAAUGUUUACUUGAAUAAACAACUUGAAUUACCUCUUCAAAA